UAAUCUUUCUUCUGUCCGCGUUUCUGUGUAACUGUCGCUGUUAAUCACGUUCAAUCUAACAGGCGCUGAUGUUGCGACAUAUCACACCGGAAGUGCAGUUAUGGUUUACUACUUUAAGAGAAUAGAAACUGUCUGAAGUGUUUUGGAGUGCGUCAGUGCGCUGGGAGGAGGAGUGGCUCCGAGCUCCUUUUUUUAAAGAGAUGCUGUAACGUUUGAACGUUUGAGGAUUUCUGCAGACAUGGAGCUUCUACCACUUCUGUUUCUGAGCUUCUGUUUCCUGACUUUGUCCGGACUGACGUUUGGUGCUGAAUCCGCCUCACCUGUGAUUGUGAAAGAAGAUGAUGAUGCCAUUUUACCCUGCUCUAUCGGCACCAAUGAGAACAUUGAGUCAAUGCUGUUUGUCUGGAAGAAGGAAGGAACAGUUCCUCUAAAACAGGUGUUCAUGUAUGAUGACGGCACAUAUAGCAAAGGUCAAGAUGAGGAGUUCAAAGGUCGAGUCUCAUAUUUUCCAGAACAGCUGAAGCACGGCAACGCUUCCAUAAGAAUGAAAAAAACUCGUUUGGAGGACAAAGGAAACUAUACCUGCAGUUUUCCAAUAAUGCAGCCAGAAAUCAAAAUCUUCCACAUUGAGCUUGUUGUUGGUGCAGCUCCAGAGCCUUCUGUCACAAAUCUUAACGAAUCAAGUGACUGGGCGCUGCUUAAGUGUGAUGUAAAGGGUGCUUACCCUGAACCUACAGUGGAGUGGUGGAAUAGUAACAAUCAAACCAUUCCUUCUGAGGAGCCGCAGGUCUCUAAAGAAGGAGAGCACUUUUAUGUCACCCUCAAAACUACUGUGAAAAAGACCGACUACUAUCGCUGUGUUGCCACACAGAAGGAAAUCCACCAUCAGAUAUAUACGGAAAUCAAUGUGCAUUUGAACGAACAAACUGUGAUUGUUAAAGAAGGUGAUGAUGCCAUUUUAUCCUGUUCCCCCAAGACCAAGGAGAGCAUUGAAUCAAAGCCUUUUAGUUGGACAAAAGAAGGACCAGCUGGCCAAAAGAAGGUUUUCCUGUAUGACACCAGCAAUAAUGACCUAAAAGGUCAAGAUAAGCAGUUCAAAGAUCGAGUUUCACAUUUUCCAGAAGGUCUGAAGCACGGCGACGCCUCCAUAACUAUCAAAAAUACGAAGGUGACUGACACUGGAAAGUACAUCUGUAGUUUUCCACAUCUGCAGCCACAAAGAAAAGCUGAAAUCUUUCUGCUUGUUGAUGCCCUGUCGGGGACUGGAAUGAUUAAAGCUGCUGUUUUUUCUGUUGUUUUUGGAAUGAUUGGAGUUUUUGUUGCUGUUUAAUUUUACUGCAAAUCUUUAGCUGCAAAGUCACAGGAACAGUGUAGAGCAUCCAGUUAUUAUAAAAAUCAAAAACCACACAAACGACUCUCUCCACUUCUGAAAUUCUCUGCAGUGAUCUGAAGCUGUGCAAAAGAUGGAAGAAAACCUUCACGUCACAGAGCUCCACUCCACUUUUUCCAGGAUGUGAAGAUGUACAUUGGAGUGUUAUUAAGAACGUUUUAUUUCCUGCACAGAUGUGAUGAAACUGUAAAAAAUUCAAAUUGGUCCCAGAGCUGUUUGAUAUAAAUUGCCUUAUUUGUAAUUUUUUUGAAAUGUAAUGUGAUGUUAAAGACGAUCAUAGAAUAAGUGAUGACAGUAAAACAUUAAAGUGACACAAAAGGAAACAAACUAUAAGAGAGUGACCUGAGAGGUUGUGUAUGAAUGAGUGUGGAUGAAUAUCUGCAAGUAAACUGUUAGAACAUCAAACAUCUGGAGCUAAAAUGCAUUUAACAUUGAUUCAGCUGCAUUAAACACGAGCACUGAUAAAAUAGAUGCUGAAAAAUGAUAAUAAACUUUUUGUAUAAUGUGCCUUCUUUAGUA